AUAAAAAAAAAUCAAGUUAGUUACCAUUUCAAUGGCAGGAAAGCCUGAGCUAUUGGUAGUUUUCAAGUGUGGUGUGAAAGGGUAUAGCUGUAAAAUAUAUUGAUGCCGAAACCCCUCUCUAUUGAUAGGCCGCAGUGCGUGGACAAUCUGCAGCCUGGAAAGACACUGGGCCACUGCAUGGCCAAUCUGACACAAUUGGGGUGAAACGGGCCAGAAAAUACUAUUCUCUCCCAUUCUUUUCUAUCAAUCGGGGCUUACAAACUGUGCAGAAUGAGAGGCAGGACGGGGAGAGAGGGGGGAGAAGGACAAUUAGCGAGAACCUUAAAGUGAAAAACGCUUAACGACGAGGCAGUUGUCACAGAGGGUUCCCCCUGCUCUGUUCAUGGUUAAAGGGGAACAGAUUUGUUUGUCCGCGCUGAAAAUUGGAGCAGUGAAGUUGCAGAUGUGAGCUUCUUGCAAAGGAAUGCGUUUUGCAAGCCCCCCCCCCUCCCCGCCCGCUCGACUGUUCCACUUGUGUUUUGCUACAGCAGAAGAGCGGACCACACAGAUCCUGGAGGUCUCAUGCAAGGAAAAUCAUAAACAUUAUUAUCCAGCCUAUCUCGUCAUGUACUGAGAGGAUUUGUGCGCAGCAGAGCUGCCUGGAAAUGGGUCCCACGACUGACUCCUAAAUGACGACCAAUCGGUAGCCAGGAUUGUAAAUGUGUGUGUGUGUGUGGGAGAGAGAGAGAGAGAGAGAGAGAGAGAGAGAGGAGGGGGGGGGGAAAACUUUUUUUUCUUUUUUUCGACAGAAGGAGGGGUGUUGUGGGGAAAUGCUCGGCGGACCGUGAAGCGUAACAGCAAGAAGAGGGACAAAGACGCACAUAGCGGGACAAACUGCGACAGAUAGAAACCUCUACCAACUACAAAAAAACAAACAAACAAACAAAUAGAAAACAUCGGAAUGCGUGGAUAAAUGCUGUGGAGAGGAUCCGAAACCAACGAUGGCAAGAAAUAGGAGUUCAAGUGUAGAGUUGUGGACAAUAACUGUGGUUACAGUGCGCGUUAACUUUGGAUAGCCCUGCGGCGCGUUUCGGUGUCCACCUCAGAUCUGCACCGGGACAUGGAGCAGACACAGGCAGCACUUUUGAAGGACGAUUACUCACUUUUUGAACGGACAUGUUUCCCGGAAUGACUCUUAUUGCGCUGUUUCUCUUCUUUGCAGCCACGCGGGGUGAUUUCCCCGAGUCAGAUCCUGUCUUACACUGUUGCAGAGCUCACCAGAGGGAACGCAAACGUAGCUUAUACGUGAAAGUUUGUGGACUAAGUGUGUUUACCGAUGAACUGGCUGCUUGCAAUACGUUAUACGGAAUACAUAUGAACUUAAAUCUGUGAGAUUCAAUGUGUAAAUUGUCCUGAUCCUAAUGUGCUGGUGGAGAAAGUGCACCUCGCCGAACUAGAACUCCAUCCAAGCAUGAAAUGUUGGUGCAGCGCCCUGGCACUUCUUCCAUGGGUGCUGGUGGCCUUAGAUGCCCAGCUUAUCUGCUGGCAGGCGCUCCUUCGGUGCCACGACGAGCCCGAGUGCGACCUUGCAUACAGUCAAUACUUAGCAGCAUGUGAGGGUAACAUCAGAGGCACGAGGAGGCAGUGUCCGAGCCACUGUAUAAACGCACUGAUAAGGCUCAAUCACACCCGCAACGGGCCAGACCUGGAGACCUGCGACUGCGCCCGGGAUCUGGAGUGCCUCAGCGCCAAGCGAGCCAUAGAGCCGUGCCUCCCACGCAGACACCCGAGCGAUGCAGGGGGGAUAGGAUGCAUGGAGGCCCGGCAGCGGUGUGAAGAAGACAGCAACUGCCAGAAAUCCCUCGUGGCUUACUUGUCAUACUGCGGGCAGCUGUUCAACGGCAGGAAAUGCUCCUCCAAGUGUAAAGCCAUCAUUCAAGAGAUGCUCUUUAUCCCAAAUGGCAUGCUGCUGAACCGCUGUGUUUGCGAUGGGGUAGAGAGACCUUUCUGUGAAGUGGUCAAGGAGAACAUGAGCAAACUUUGCGCCAUUGGAGACCACAUUGCUAUGGCAGACCAGCCUGAGGUGGAUGACAUGUAUGAGGAUGAGGACUAUGACCCUAAAGGUGACAAAGAUGAGGCCUAUAUUGAUAAAUCCUUCUCUGCAUCCCAGAGGUUGUCAAGCUGCAUGACGCUCCUGUUUCUUCCUCUAGCAUGGAUAUUGUACUGAGAUGAAACAUAUGUUGGAUUUAUAAAUGACAUGGAAUCAGAAACACUUCAACUUGCACCCCGGUCUGCUGGAGAAGGGAAGUUAUUUCUUCCACUCCCCCAGGCCUCUUUGCCAUCCCCUGUUUAGUUGCAGGGUGACAGUGAGCACAGUAGUGAUUUGUGUAGGCUUUCCACAACCGUACAAUUUGCAUAGUCGUAAUUCUUAGUGCACAACUCACUCAGGAAAACUGCCUUAAAACAUUGUGAUUCAAAUCUUCACACAGAUGGCCUUACAGUGCUCUGAGAGGACUGCUCACUUGUUGCUAAGUUGAAGGAAAGCCUGUGGACACUGUGGACAAAAAUACUUUCAGGUGAUGAUUAGAGGAAGUGAACCAUGCCACACUUUGUUGCAGGGCAUUGCCAUUCUGUGUGCCUUUAACCAGCUCCUGUUUGUUUGGUUUCAAUGGUACUUGGAGUGUGGCCUUAUUAAGACUUUAGACAAACAUUGGACCCAUCCAGCCUCUUGUUUGCUCUGCUCUCCAUUUCAGGGGCCUCUGCAUUGUUACAGCAACCACAUUUCAAAUAUUAGUGGCAACAGUCAAAGGACAGGCAAGGGUGUGGGAUCAAGUACUGAAAUUAACUGAAGCCCCUCUCCAGCAUUCUGUCUGGGGCCCCUCCCCCCAUACGAGAUUGUUUUAUUGAACUUUUCCUGAGACACCCACCACCCCUUCUUCCUCCUCUCUGCUGCCUGCCUCCCUUUCACGCCUUUAAAAAGACCCCUGUGUUUAUAACUGCUUUCACACUGAAGCAGCAAGCCAGGAGAAGUUGUCUGUUGCUGGUACAAAUAGGUCAACAUAUCAUACCUGGAGUUUGUCCACAGCACUACUCAAGAUAAGAGGUUUUACCCGCUUGGUUUUGUUACAUAAACGAUUUGAGGUUUUAAACAAACCAUGUGAUUCGGACAUAAAUUGUUGCAAUAAGCUUUUAUGAGCUCCUCAAACAAAGAAAAUAAAUCUUAUGGAUAUUAGCGAAUGUCAGACACCAGAUUAUGUUUUGCCUUAUCAAGUCUACAGUGGAGAAUACAUUAAUCAGUGAACAUGGCAGUGUCAUAACAACAUGAGCAGCAAUCUGCUCUGACUUGACAAACAUGGGCAUGUUAAUUAUUUUGUGUUUGUUAAAAGAGUAUGAGAGUCUACAUGUAGAGUGUGUUUAACAUGCAGGACUGUUAGUAAAGGAAAUGUACGAAUACAGAUGAAGCUCAAACUAAUUAAGAAGAGAGAGAUUGCGUUUGGUUGAAAUUCAUAAUAAGGUUGUUGUCCUCAGAAAGUGUAAUUUGAAGGCUUUUGUUUUGUGGCUGGAUGAAAAAUGUGUCAAAUUCAUUUGUAGUUGCACACGUUUGAGGAAUAGACCCAAUGUUACCUGUUUGCAGAUCCACAUCAGUAGUCCAGGGAUUUAAACCAGCAGUCGUUCUCUUUCUUCCACUACACCACGUAAAGCUGUUUAGCAAAAAGGGAAAGUAAAAACAAUCGUUAGUAUUGAUCACUCCUAAUGAAGCUGCCAAUGGUGUGUAAAAACUAAUCUUUUUGUUUUGUUUAUGAAACAUGUCCAUAAAUGUUAAAUUAUGAAGCUAGAAUAUGAAGAAUGUGUAUAUAUAUUUUACAGUUAUAUGCAGUAAAAUAAGCCAGUGUCUUCCCACUGUCACUUGGAUUUACAAUGUAAACACCCAAAACAUAUAGUCCACAAAACGUGACAUGAUUUUUAGAGUUAAACACUUCAGAGCAGUGUCUUUCAUGUGGAAGGGUGAGGUUUAUAAUAAAAAUAUUUGUGAGCUAAA